AUGGACAGCCCCACGACACAAAAUGGCGAAACAAAGCCGUCUUAUGAGAACAGGGAAGGCGCAAUGCAGGGCCUUACUACAAUCCCUACAUCAGUGACCCUGUCUGCUGAACAAUUCGAAAGACUGUACUUGACUCCAAUGACACGACAUCAACCUGCAAUAGCUAAACAAGUUGGAAAUCCGACACCUUUAGCAUUGGGAGGAUUUGUUAUUACCACGACCCCACUUUCAUGUUGUUUGAUGGCCUGGAGAGGUGCUAGUGGGAACGGAGUCGCCUUCAUAAGUGGCCCAAUCGUCUUUCUUGGUGGCCUUUUAUUGCUUAUAACUAGUAUUCUUGAAUUUAUACUCGGAAACACGUUUCCCUGCGUCGUAUUUGGUACCAUUGGAGGAUUUUGGUUUGCUUUUGCAGCUACCAUGAUUCCUUCUUUCAAUGCUGCCGCGCCUUAUUCCUCUACUGCCAAGGAUACAGCAGCCGGAUUAUCUAGCGCUGGCUUUUUGAAUACCUACGCAUUUCUGUUCAUCACAAUGGCAGUUCUCAUGUUGAUCUUCAUGAUAUGUGCAACACGCACCAAUAUUGUCUAUACCCUCAUCUUUCUGUCGCUAAUGAUUGUCUUCCUUCUCUUGUCGUCAGCGUAUUGGCUCUUAGGUGAAGGAAGUGCCGCCACAGGCGACCGAUGUGUAAAGGGGGCCGGGGCUUCACUCUUUGUUGCAAGUCUCCUUGGAUUUUAUCUUUUGAUUGUUCAGCUGUUUGAGGCACUGGACUUCCCGUUCCAUUUGCCCGUUGGAGAUCUAGGGGUGCUGUGGACCCGUACCCCACACAAGGGACAGAAACACGACAUUGAAGAGGGUGCUGCUGUUGGUGAUAAUUAA